AUGAACUCGUUUAAUCUGUUGGGUCUGCUAUUGGCUUCGAUAAUUGUCGUCGCCGUCGAUGCCGAUGGUGACUCAUCGCUAGUUCAGCUACAGAGUCUUUCCCGAGACUUUUUAACGUUCCUCGGACAGCAAGCUUUAAGCUGGAAUUUGACGGACCCUAGCUAUGCCUCCCAAGACCUAACCUGUUUGAACCAACUCGCUCAGUUGGACGUUGAUUUACGGAAUUCCGACCUUUGGGCUGUUAAUAUGUACGACUCAUGGGGCAAAGCGCCAUCUGGACUUUUGUUUGGAAACGUAUUCGAGCUCGGAAGCUUCGAUCAGUGUCGAAGAGUUAGCUACGCUAACUACUUCGGCUCAAUCGAAGGUCAACACUGUACGCUUAUCAUCGAUUUACGGUCGUUGCAACUGCCGGUGGGAUCUUUGUGGUACGGCAUUUGUGUUCCAGCAGUUUGUAGACCGGCUCUAGUUGGUGCACUUUCCAACGCAUUUCUAGGAGGACGAGGUAGUGGUUUAUGGAACGAUCUGAAUUCUUUUUGUUACGGCAACGAGGAGAAACCUUUUUCCGCUUUAAGCAUUGUUGCCAUUGUGCUUUUCUCCUGUUACGGGUUUGUGUUGAUUGCGGCAACAGCGUUAGAAUAUUUAUUCACCGUUCGAAAAUCGACAGUACCGAGCUACGUGCAACGUUUUUCCAUUUAUACCAAUACGGUGAAGAUCUUCCACUUGACACCACCUUCGAAGUCCAAAUCUGAGGUUAUGGAUUGUGUUAACGGCAUUCGUGCCCUGGCUAUGCUCGGGAUAAUUGUACACCAUGUCGUAGGACUUACCUACUUGCUACCGAACGUCAACUUUGUUCUAAGGAUGGAGUACGAGAAAAACUACCUCUGGGCUGCAUUUCACAGGUUGGGAGGAAUCGCCGUUGACAUAUUUUUACUGCUCAGUGGAAUGUUACUUACGAUGAAGGUACUUCGGGAGCUGGAUAGCUCCGGCAAGUUGAACGUCAUUCAACUGUAUCUGCAGCGAUUCCUACGCAUCACACCGGCCUUCGCAGCUGCAAUACUAUUUGCGAUGGCCUUCAUCGAUCACCUAGGAGAAGGUUUUCUGUACAAAAACAUCGCAGCGCAACACUCAGGUGCUUGCAGCCAAAGCUGGUGGUCUGCAUUAUUCUACGUUCAGAAUUACGUUCACUACGACUCCUUGUGCUUACCUCAUACUUGGUACCUAGCAGUCGAUAUGCAACUCUACAUAUUAUCUCCACUGAUCCUGAUCCCACUCUGGAAAUACGGUAAACGAUUCAUCCCAGUUAUCAGUAUGCUUGCUCUUCUAUCGAUUUCAUGCGUAUUCGCGACAUUUCUCUACAACGACUUUCGACUCAACAUCGCCUUCUCGAGGAACGAAAUGGAAAAGAAAACCUACCACCCAACCCAUGCCCGGAUGUCCGUCUGGCUGUUCGGAGUCAUGUUCGGCUACCUGUUGCACAAAACAAAAUCGUCCACUAUUCGUCUACCGAAACCAAUUCUAACCCUAGGAUGGUCACUAGCUCUAGGGAUUCUGAUUCUCGUUGCCUACACAGUUCGUCAAGUCUACGUCGGUGACUUCAACGCAAUCCCGGUUGUCGUAGAUGCCUUCUACGAGUCGCUUCAUCGUUCUCUGAUAGCCCUAUCCGUCGCCUGGAUCAUCUUCGUAUCUAUAAACGGUCAAGGUGGUAUCGUGAACCGGUUUCUGAGUUCAGCUUUGUGGCAACCGUUGGCCAGACUGUCCUACAGCAUGUAUCUGCUGCACAUGUUAAUCCUUACACCGAUAUCGAUGAACAUAAAGGUGCCGCUCUACUUCAGCGCCAUCGAUGUGGUCUUCGGUUGCUUCGGGCUGACCGGCCUGAGUGCCCUGGUGAGUAUCGUGUGGAGUGCCGCUUUUGAGUACCCAUUCUUUGGGUUGGAAAAGAAACUGAUUAAAAGUAAAUAA